AUGAGCACGGGGGCGUACGACAACGGGCAGUUUUGGUUGAUCAGCGACAAAACCCCACGGAUCGUUAUGGCUGGUGCAGCUGGACUUGCGGUUGUGGACGCUUGCUACCUGCAUGUUCUGGUGAAGAUGCUGCGAUGGAGAGACCGAGUUGACGAAGUGGCUACGUUUUACCACCUUACCACCCCCGUCGACACAAACAAAGACUCCGUUAUAAUGUCGAUAUAUCGGCGCUGUCGACACAUCUACACUGAUCUAACUUCCUUCGCUGGGAGCAAACGCAAAGUUUGGAAUGAAUACUCCAAGAUGUUCAACCUGACGAUGCAGGUGCUGGUUCUUCUUCACUUGCUGGAAAGCGGCACCCCCGAGCCGCUCGUACUGGGCUACGUGUGCCUCGUAGGUACCAACUCGCUUUCGUCUGCACUGAAUAUUUUCUACGGCAAGUUGUCGGCUGUAGCUGAGGUCCUCACCAGCUCAGUGUUCGAUUGGUUCGUUACUGUCUUGUCUCCGAUACUGGUGUUGGUAUACUGUUAUUCCACCUUCAAGUUCGACCACGCCGUCUUCAGAACGUAUCUCGAGAAACUUCCGCCCAGCAGCUUUGAGCACCAAGCGAGGGUCUUCGCUGAUCCAGCUCAAGUCGCGCUGUUCCGUCUCACCUUCGACUCGCUUCGAAUUCACACUUUGCUGGACCUGAGCUUGCGAGUUGGAAUGAACCUGUCGUUCUGUUACCGUUUCAAGCGGAUUGGAGAUGUUUUCGUCACAACUCCUGAUAUCCCGAAACCCGUACCAAAGGCGACUGGAACUCUGUUUAUCGUCUUUAGCAUAGCAAUUUGGGUCCUGAUGUUCCAAGCCAUAGCCGAUUCCCGAGCCAAUUGCGCCCCCUAUCCAGAGUGCGUUGUGUUCACCUAUCGUCGAAGGAACGGGAAGGACGAGUGCCCUUGCCAGAUCUUCAUUGAUGUCGAUCGAGCGCCCCAAACGUACGAGGAAUGGCUCCAUCCUGUGGAUCUUUACCGAAAUGUUGAAAGCUUGGCGGCUUCGGGGGAGCUGAGGUCGAUUCAGGUGGUUUUCGUUAACCGACAACUGGUUGAACUGCCAACAACGCUUCGUACAUGCCAAAAUCUUGAGUUGAUGGAACUCGUCUACACAAGUACACAAAGCCUUCCCGUCUGGAUGGAAGAGUUCACGAACCUCGAAUUUCUGCAUAUCGAAGGGAAUUUCGGAAGUCGGAAGCUGAUGGCACUUCCCGACCGGUUAUUCAACAACAUGCCCAGGCUAAUGACGAUACAGCUGGGCGUCCAUGAGAAAAUCGAAGCACUCCCUCCGCUCACUGGGGUUCCCAAGCUCCAGAGUUUGACUCUCGCCUGGACUUCAUUGCGUGAGCUUCCAGCCCUAGAUAACGUACCUCGACUCAACCGCUUGAUCAUGGCAAUCCCGCCUCUCUUCGAAAAGAUGCCUGACAUGACUGCUCAGCAGAAUCUCGUCGAGUUUGUGAUCACACAACCAAGUCAUAUUUGUUGCAACGGCUUCAACGGCGCCUGCAUGCUAAAUGACUCGAACUGCGUGGAAGACUCCAUCGUCAGCAUCCCAGCAGCAACUUGUCUGAACGAAGAACCGUUCCUCGGAAGCUCUGACACUCGAGAUGUGUUCGAAAAGUUCGCACCAACGAUUUAUACCCCUCUGCCCCCAGGCUUCAAACCAAUUUCCACGAUGCCAACGAAAGAGACGAUUGAACCUUGCGAAUACAGGCCGUUUGGGGAGUGUCAAUCGUCGAAUGGGCACAAAGGUAUGUGCCAAAACACCCGAAUACAGGUGCUCGCUUGCUUGUCAGAGCCGAUUUAUAUUGUAUUCCGAAGAUACCAGAUCCAAGAGGGCAUUGAGUGCAACCCAAUCUUUGAGAAAUGGCUAGGUUGUAGCGAAUAA